AUGUGGUUGAUAAUUAUAGCAGCUCUUUGGACGGCAUAUGCCAUCUUUAUCGUAAGGUAUAUAAAUAAAAAAAUUAAUAAGGAUUACAAUUAUCUCUCAGUCCCUAUGCCAUAAUUCAAGGAAGAGUACAAGCCUUUUGAAAGAACUGAAAGAAAGCAAUGGAACUUAUUGGAAAUUUACAUUUGUGCCAUAUUCUUGGCUCCUUUUAGAUUGCUAUCUCUUGUGUUUAUUAUUUCUACUCUUGCAAUGACUUGCAAAUUAUUAGGUAUUAAGCAUAUGAGCCAAGCACAAGAUGAACUUCCCCGCUGGAAGCGUUUCUUGAUAGCCAAGAACUUAAAUUUUGUCGGUUGGGGAAUCAACUUUGCAUGUGGUUUUAUGAGAGUUAAAACUAUCUAAAAAAGAAUUAAAGAUUAUGAACCCGAAUACCCUGCUGAAAAGUAUGCAGUCGAGAAAAAGGGUCAAUCCGCACCUAUUCUUACUUGCAAUCACGUCUCUUGGAUUGAUAUUAUGGCCAUGUCAGCUGUCAAAGAAGCUCCCAGUUUCCUCUCUAAAGAAGAAAUAGCUAAUUUCCCUUUAUUCGGACCUGCUGCUAUUGGUAUUUAAUCAAUAUUUGUUCAAAGAGAUGACAGAUCCUAAAAAAAUGCCGUAAGAGAUGCUAUCCUUGAGCGUGGCAAAAAAAUCUCUGAAGGAUAAAAUCUUCCUCCCAUUUUAAUCUUCCCUGAAGGCACUACCACUAACAGUCACUACCUUCUUUCAUUCAAGAAAGGUGCUUUUGAAUCUUUCCUCCCAAUUAAAUUAUAUGCUAUCAAUUAUAAGUACACUAAAUUUAACCCAACUUAGGAUAGUAUGAAUUUAGUUGAUCAUGCCUUAAUCAUGUGCUCUUAAUUAUACAAUACUAUGGAAGUGUAUGAGUUCGACACUUAUUUCCCUGAUCACCUUAACUUGAAAAAUGAAGAAGAUUGGGAAAUCUAUGCCAAGCACAUUCGUGAUAUCUAUCUUAAAGUACUUCCCGUUAAACCAAGUGAAUCCGGAUGGCGUCACAUGAAAGAAUACUAUGACCAAAUUAAAUUAUUUAAAAAAUAGUUAAGAGAAGAAAGCAGAUAAAAAUCUGAAAAAGUGAAUGCAACAAAAACAAAAAAAGAUAAUUGA